AUGAAACUCGAAAAUUAUUUUUGUUUAAAUUAUAUUUUAAUUAAAAUUGUGCUUCAACUAAUUUUAAUUAAAUCAACUUUACAAACUGAUCCGAAAGGGAAGUCUAUUGUCAACGAGCCCAAUGUUGGCAGAAAUCAAAAAGCUUUUAAAUUUGUUGGAAAAAUUGAACCAAAAAUUAAUUCUUAUGGUGAUAGAGAUGGAAGGCUUUACAAUGUUUUUAAAUAAAUUUUUUAAAUAUAGGCGAACCUCUUAUAAGAUAUACCCUUUGAGCUCA